CCACCCUGCAAUUUAGCCGUGAAUAUCACCCUGGAACUUGAUUUCUCCAUCUUCAAUCUAUUCUGCCUCCUCGGCCCGGACCACUCAUCAAUCAGAAUUGAGAACCGCUUGUGCUUCAUAGCUUCUGGGCCAUUCAUUCGUCUUCUCGUUCUCGCCUCCACAGCUCUGUUCCAAACUAAUGAUGCCAUCGCAGCUGCUUCUCGUCUCCGAAACAAUUGCCUGAGCAGCCUAAAGUAGCUCAGAUCGAGACGCUGUCAUCUCCGACUUCCAUUGACGGCUGAACUCCACUUCAAUUGCAUACCGGGUCCUGGGAGCCCCGACUAUGCCAUGGAGGGGAAUUUAAAUACCACCCUUGCGCCUGGCCAUUCAAAGGUCCGAGAACGUUGAUCCCAGGACUGGCCAAUUUUUCCCUUUUCUUUUGUCUGCAGCGUGAGAAUAGAUUGAGCGUCGGCUUGUCAAGUCAGCCAGCUCCUCUUUCCCUCACCUUUUCACAAUGGGUGUCAGUCUGCUAGCCAAGGGGCUUGCGCUUCUUCACCUCUGCGCCGGUGUCACUGCCAGUAGCAAUGGCUCAACACCGCUGUACAAGAACCCCAAUGCGCCGGUGGAGGAUCGUGUCAGUGACCUUCUGGGCCGCAUGACCAUCCACGACAAGACGGGACAACUGAUGCAAGGGGAUCUCGCGAACUGGAUGAACACCACAACUGGAGCGUUCAACUACACGGGUCUGGUCGCGAACAUGGAAAUGAAGGCGGGAGGAUUCUACGUUGGAUAUGCGGUCCCGUGGGACUGGAUGGUGACCAACAUCAAGCAUGCGCAGGACUACCUGAUCCAUAACACCACGCUUGGUAUUCCUGCGCUUGUUCAGUCAGAAGGUAUUCAUGGGUUCCUGGUUCAGAACGCCACUAUUUUCAAUUCCCCUAUUGCAUAUGGUUGCUCCUUCAACCGUGAGCUGGUCUCCAAAAUGGCCAAAAUCAUCAGUCAAGAAUCUCUCACUCUGGGCGUCAACCAGCUAUUUGCCCCUGUGGUUGACCUGGCCCGUGAGCUGCGGUAUGGGCGGGUCGAAGAGACGUUCUCGGAGGACCCAUACCUUGCUGGCGAGAUUGGCUACAACUAUGUGCAAGGCCUGCAGAGUCUCAACGUUUCGGCCACUGUCAAGCAUUUUGCGGGCUUCAGUGCCCCUGAACAGGGGUUGAACACUGCGCCAGUUCAGGGAGGAGAGCGAUAUCUUCGUACUACCUGGCUGCACUCAUUCAAGCGUGCGAUCAUCGAUGCAGGUGCAUGGAGUGUCAUGAGCGCAUACCACUCCUACGAUGGCAUUCCCGCUGUUGCCGACUGGUUUACCCUGACAAAGGUUCUGCGAGAAGAGUGGGGUUUCAAGCACUGGGUUUUCAGCGAUUCGGGCGCUACUGAUCGACUGUGCACCGCUUUCAAGCUCUGUCAAGCCUCUCCAAUCGACAUGGAAGCAGUCACCCUGCAGGCACUCCCUGCUGGUAACGACGUUGAGAUGGGUGGUGGCUCCUUCAACUUCCAGAAGAUCCCGGAGCUUGUAGAGUCCGGAAGGCUGGACAUCGAGACUGUUGACACUGCUGUCUCGCGCAUUCUGAGGGCCAAGUUCGAAAUGGGUCUCUUUGAGAACCCCUUCCCUGCUGCUCCUGAGUCGGAGUGGCACAAGUUGAUCCACAGCUCAGAGGCGGUCGAGCUCGCUAGAACCUUGGACAAGGAGUCUAUCGUCUUGCUGGAGAACCACAACAAGACCCUUCCUUUGGACAAGAGCGGCAGCAUCGCCGUUAUUGGGCCCAUGGCCCAUGGCUUCAUGAACUAUGGAGACUACGUCGUUUACAAGAGCCAGUACCGCGGUGUAACCCCUCUGGACGGCAUCAAAGCUGCUGUUGGCGACAACGCCACGAUCAACUACGCCCAGGGCUGCGAGCGGUGGAGCAACGACCAGUCCGGCUUCGAUGAAGCCAUUGCAGCGGCCAAGAAGUCGGACGUGGCUGUUGUCGUCGUAGGCACCUGGUCUCGCGACCAGACCGAGCUGUGGUCCGGUUACAACGCGACAACCGGCGAGCACAUUGAUCUGGAUAACCUCGCCCUCGUCGGUGCCCAAGGCCCGCUCGUCAAGGCUAUUAUCGACACCGGCGUCCCCACCAUCGUGGUCCUCUCCAGCGGCAAGCCCAUCACGGACGUGACCUGGCUCGCGAACUCGACCGCGGCGCUCGUCCAGCAAUUCUAUCCGUCGGAGCAAGGCGGCAAUGCGCUGGCCGACGUGCUGUUCGGCGACUACAACCCCUCUGGCAAGCUGUCCGUCAGCUUCCCGCGCUUCGUCGGCGACCUCCCGAUCUACUACGACUUCCUCAAUUCGGCGCGCAACAUCGGCCCGGCCGGCCACGCCUUCCCCAACGGCACCCUGGAAUUCGAGAGCCAGUACGUCCUGGGCGACCCCACCGCGAUCUACGAGUUCGGGUACGGCAAGAGCUACGUCGACUUUGACUACGGCGCCGUCACGCUGAGCCAGACCAACGUGACCGCCUCGGACACGGUGACGGUCCGCGUGGACGUGACCAACACUGACGCCACCCGCGACGGCACCGAGGUCGUGCAGGUGUAUGUGUCGGAUGUGAUCGCGUCGGUGGUGGUGCCGAACCGGGCGCUCAAGGGCUUCGAGAAAGUGGUCAUCCCGGCUGGCACGACCAAGACGGUGGAGAUUGAUUUGCAGGUGGAGGACCUGGGGCUCUGGAACCGCUCGAUGCAGUAUGUCGUUGAGCCGGGAGCGUUUGCGGUGUUGGUGGGCAGCAGUUCGGCGGAUAUCCGGGGGAAUGCGACGUUUUAUGUUGAGUAGGUCUGAUGCGGAUGGGUGAGUGGUACAGUGGGUGGCGGCAAUCACCGGGUCAAUUGCUUCGAUACCUACCCUGCUUAUUGAUUGUUCGCUCAAUCACUUUCUUUGAAUACUUCUAUUAAAGCUCUUGUGAUGAGUGGCUCUAGUUGGUUGGGAUGGUGGUUAGUUGAAGGUAGAAGUGUAGUCUACUGUCUGUCAUCAAUAAAUAGCGCGAAACAGAUGUUAUUUUGCUGUCGGGGUGACAGGUUUUUAAAACUUUAUUUGACGAAACGAGAAAAUAUC